AUGGCGGCUCCCAGCGGCCGCCGGCCGCAGCCCGCGGGGCCGGGCGGGGGGAGCGGCCCCGGGGCCGGGGCUCUGCGGGGCGCCGACGAGGACGCCGAGGGGCUCUACGUGGCGGUGGAGCGGUGCCCGCUCUGCAACACCACGCGCCGCCGCCUCACCUGCGCCAAGUGCGUCCAGAGCGGCGACUUCGUCUUCUUCGACGGGCGCGACUCCGAGAGGUUUUCAGACAAGAAAGAAAGGCUGAUGCAUCUUAAAACCAAACAGAGAGAAUUCCAAAAACAUGUUUUGAAGGCCAUGGAAGGGAAAGAGAUAACUGAUCAGCUGAGAUGGAAAAUAAUGUCUUGCAAGAUGAGGAUUGAGCAGCUGAAACAGACCAUUUGCAAAGAAAAUGAUGAGAUGACAAGACACACGGAGGGGCUGCUGAGGAUCAAGGAGGAGAACCAGAAGCAUUAUCGCCGGGCUCAGCGGCACCAGGAGAAGAAGGAGAAGAUCCAGAGGCACAACCGCAGGCUGGGGGACCUGGUGGAGAAGAAAACCUACGACCUGAAAACCCAGUACGAGCACCUGGCAAACCUGCGCAGGACACACAUCCUGGAGCUCACCUCGGUCAUCUUCCCCAUUGAAGAAGUGAAGACAAGCAUGAGAGACCCCGCGGACGUGUCGUCCGAGAGCGACAAUGCCAUGACCUCAAGCACUGUGAGCAAGCUCGCGGAAGCCCGGAGGACCACGUACCUCUCCGGGAGGUGGGUGUGUGACGACCACAACGGGGACACCAGCAUCAGCAUCACAGGGCCCUGGAUCACCCUCCCCAACAACGGGGACUACUCAGCCUACUACAACUGGGUGGAAGAGAAGAAGACCACGCAAGGACCCGAUAUGGAGCAUAAUAACCCUGCUCAUACCAUCAGUGCUGCAUUGUGCUAUGCAACUCAGCUUGUUAACACUUUGUCUCUCAUACUUGAUGUAAACCUUCCCAAGAAGCUCUGCAACAGCGAAUUCUGUGGAGAGAAUCUCAGCAGACACAGGUUCACACGGGCAGUGAAGAAGCUGAAUGCUAAUAUCCUUCACCUUUGCUUCUCUCAGCAUGUAAAUUUAGAUCUGCUGCACCCACUGCACACCCUCAGGAACCUUAUGUACCUGGUCAGCCCAGACACCGAGAACUUGGGCAGGUCUGGGCCUUUCGAAAUCAGCGCUGAUCUCGAGGACUCCAUGGAGUUCGUGGAUCCCAGCGCCGCCGGCGAGACGGACGAGAGCGGCGACGAGCACGUGAGCGACGAGGAGACGGACCUGGGCACAGACUGGGAGAACCUGCCGAGCCCCAGGUUCUGCGACAUCCCCUCGCAGCAGGUGGAGAUGCUGCAGAGCCAGAGCACCCAGGUGUCCCAGCCCAUCGCCAGCAGCAGCGCCGGCGGGAUGAUCUCGUCGGCCGCCGCCUCGGUGACCUCGUGGUUCAAGGCCUACACCGGGCACCGCUAACCAGGGACAAAGGAGCUAAACAGGAGCUGUGGAAGGAACCCCUCCCCGAAGAUGCUGUAGGAAACCUUACAUAUUCAGUUAAGUAGUGCCUGGAACAAAGAAAAGGUCAAGGACUUUCGUUUUGUAAACCGAAAAAAAAAAAAGACAAACGAGCACCUUUUUAUUUACCCAAGGUGACUGUGACGGACCCGUUUUGUAAAUUAGCUCCUGACGGAUUCUCUGAGGGCACUUCGUGUCUUGGUUCUGCCUGCAUUGAAUAUCGAAGGACCCAGCGACCUCCAGCUCUACUUUCUGAAGAAGACACAGAUUUUGGAGCAUUUGGAUCGGGAUGGGCGCAGAGGAGGCUGCUCAGGGCGCGGUCUGGACAGUGGUGCAAAUGCAGUUCCCACUUUCUUAACUCCUUACAGGGUUUUCCUUUGUGUGUGUGUUUUAAAUCUGUCUUGCAUAAUGCAGAAAUGCGUAUUUCUAAAUUUUUUUCAUUCAGGACAUGAAAAUUAUGCAUUUUUAACAUGUUUUCUAAUCUCUGUUGCCAUAUUUUUAAUACAAAGAAUCAGCAUGGGCAGGGAAUUCACACAGCAAGUUGCUCUUGUUUUAGAUUUCGGUUGUGAAUCUUUUACCCAGUUUUGCCAUAGAAAAACUGGCUUGUUUCAUGCUGUUUCCACUGGUAGGUGUUCUAGAAGUUUCGUGUUGUGCUGUCCAAGGCACACAGGCUCUUUACUCUUAAUAUCAUACACCAAAGAAACACUGGACGUUCUCUUCGCUAGACCCA